GUUCAGUGUCAAAUCAGUUUGGAAUCGAAAUUCCAACAAAAUGUCACACAUUCGUCAGCUCAAUCCCUGUGAAUCCAGAGAUCUGCAUCUGUGGCUCGAGGAGCAAGGCAUCGAUCUAAAUGCCAAGAAAAGAGUCAAGUUCUCCGAUGUUCUGCCGGUGGCCACAAUUGCCCAGACGUUCUACCCUCGUCUGGUGGACCUGAUUCACUACACUCCCUCACGGCACAGUGUGGCCAACAAGCUGCAGAACUGGAAGGUUUUUAAUUUUACGGUUCUCAAGAAACUGAACAUAACUCUGACCGAAACAUACAUGAAGGAGCUCGCUCAAGGCCAGGUGGGAGCGAUCGAGCUGCUGUUCUACGAACUCUUCGUCCGUCCGGUUAAGAUACCCAGCGAGGAAGAUCGAGACUAUACUACAGGAAAACCUGAUCAAAUCGAAACAUCUUUCGGAUCUGAAUAUGGAUCCAAGACGACCCAAGAAUGAUUCCUGGCAAUGCCUUUGGGUUUUGGGUUUGGGUUUUGCAAGAAAAAACAAUAUUUAGCAAAUUAAAAAUCAAAGAAAAGCAAAUUACCUUAUCG